CGUCCUAAGCUGACGUCAACCCGGUACCGAUGAACGAGCGGCAGCGUUGAGGAGGAGACCCGAGCUGUUUGUAGCCCUGUCCGCCCCCCGCCCCCCCCUCAGAGCACCCUGCUGUCACCAUGCCUUUCGAUGUGAGAAGAUUCGAUAUCUACAGGAAAGUGCCAAAAGAUCUCACCCAGCCCACAUACACAGGAGCGUUCAUUUCCAUUCUCUGCUGCGUCUUCAUACUUUUCCUGUUCCUGUCUGAGCUGACGGGAUACAUAGCCACUGAAAUUGUAAAUGAACUGUAUGUGGACGAUCCUGAUAAAGACAGUGGUGGGAAGAUAGAUGUGAGUUUAAACAUCAGUUUGCCAAACUUACACUGUGAUUUGGUGGGUCUGGACAUCCAGGAUGAGAUGGGCCGCCAUGAGGUCGGUCACAUAGACAACUCCAUGAAGCUCCCUCUCAACCAGGGGGACGGCUGUCGCUUUGAGGGAGAGUUCACCAUCAACAAAGUACCAGGAAACUUCCACGUUUCGACUCACAGCGCCACGGCGCAGCCCACAAGCCCCGACAUGACCCACACCAUCCACAAGCUGGCAUUUGGGGAAAAGCUUCAGGUACAAAAAGUGCAGGGAGCCUUCAACGCGCUGGGAGGGGCGAACAAGCUCUCGUCUAAUCCUCUGGCCUCACAUGACUACAUACUGAAGAUCGUUCCAACAGUGUACGAAGACCUCUCGGGCAAACAGAGGUUCUCCUACCAGUACACCGUCGCCAACAAGGAAUAUGUAGCUUACAGCCACACAGGCAGGAUCAUCCCGGCCAUCUGGUUCCGAUACGACCUCAGUCCAAUCACAGUCAAGUACACAGAGAGGAGGCAGCCCUUCUACCGCUUCAUCACAACAAUCUGUGCCAUAGUCGGAGGGACGUUCACAGUGGCAGGCAUCAUCGACUCCUGUAUAUUCACGGCUUCGGAGGCAUGGAAGAAGAUCCAGAUCGGGAAAAUGUCAUGAGGAUCACUCCCGGCUUCCCCCAACACCUCUUAUUUAUAAGUGCAAAGUUGCUAGCCUGUUAGCUAAAUCAAGUCCUGUCUGAACCAACUUCCUCGGGGGGGGGGGGCUCGUAUCAACGUGACCCAUCAAGGGGCUCCUGCACUCGAUGUAACUACCAGGCUACAUCUCAGUUACUGCAGCUCCUUUCCAUCUGCUCCGCUGACGUGUGGACGCCGACUAUCCCGUGUCCACUUCCUGUGUUUCCAGAGCCAGGAGAGGAGAGGAGAGGAGAGCUUUUGUUACUGUGGAGAUGAAAUCUGAAGUAUCUUGUGUCAGGGUUCAAGCAGAAUGGGUGUUUCUGAAGGCUGAUAUAUUUUUAGAAUGAAGUAAAAAAAAAAAAAAAGGUGAUGGGAUUUGUGCUGAUGGUCAAUGUUUUAAAUAUGAUCAAGAAGCGUGUGACAAAAACAUGGAUUCAAUCAUGUUCAAUUCAAUGAUUUAUAGAUUAGAAAACGGGGUGAAAUCAAAAUCUACUUGUUACUAUUUUCUACUUUCAGCCCGAACUAUUGUUCAACUUGAAUCUCACUUUAACUGUGCUGCGUUUACUCCCCCACUACUGCAGAAAGGGACUGAUUUAUUUUUUGAAGGAAGUGUUGUUUUUUUGUAAAACUGUACAACAGGAGAUUUAUUUCAUCCAUCUGUUCUUUUAAUUUCUUGUAAUUAAAACUGUGCCUUUAGAUUUACUGCUCCAUUUUAGAGGAUUAUGAUCCCCUCUUAUUAGACUGUUUCAGUGACUGCCACUCAAACCAGUGUUUUUCUUUCCUUCAUGUUAAAGCUACUGUAUCUGUAGUUUCUUGAGAUCAUUGAUUUCUUUUUAUUCCAUUUAUAUCUGAUAUUUUAUCAAUGCUGUUAAAGGUCCUAAUUUUGAAUUUGUCCCUUUCAUUUCAUUUUUUGGUAAAAUAUUUGAAUAAAUAUAAAUUGUUUUGCUGAGAUUUAUUAGACUUAUUUUACAAGUGAUUCAAUGAAAUGUGGAGGUUCGGUUCUGUCAGGAGAAAAUACAAGGCCAGAUGUUUGUUUGUUUGUUUUUUUCCUCUUGAGUCAUUAUAUUUUUGUUAUUUUUCUACUAUUGUCAGCACAGCUUUUAUGAUCAAGGACGGUGAUAAUCAAAAGUCCUCAGAAUUGGUCUCUCUACUACAAAGGUCGUCCAUUUCUUGUUCCGUCUCAAAUGACUGUAACGCUAUGUGUCCCUCAAGUAAAGGUACAAUAGAAGACACUGA